GGGGGAUCCCCCGCUAGACUCGUGCCGAGCCACUGGAAAGCCUCCUGUCCAAUACCCUACAGGCAGCUGGGCUGCCCCCACUGUCCCGAGGGCCGCCUCCGCUUCCAAACUUCUGCCUUCCCCCGGGUUGCUAGGAGCAACAGCUUCAUCUUGGGGGAGCAGAGUGCGCGGCGACCCUCCUCGAUUAUGGGCCUUGCCCUUCUUCCCUGGGGUGAGGGGAGGCAGUAUGUGCCCUGGGCACACCAUCCACUCCCCGGAUGUUUUCUGUGCAAUCGAGGCUCUUUCCUUCCACUGACACCUCGAGUUCUCUUUUUUGGUCUCUAGCAAAAUCCACUUCCUGUUGUGACCCAACACCCCUAAAGGGACAGUGGGUGCAUGCCUGAGUCCCUGGGGAGCAGGAGCAAAAGAGGAAAAGAUUGGGGCUGUAUGUCUCUAUCCAGAGGGCAUCAGGAAUGGGACCCUGGUCCUAAGCUGUCACUUAUUCUACAAAACACUAUCAUAUCAGCCCACCACUCUCCACCCAUAGAGUAGGAGAACCCAGGCUUCUGAGCACCAAGUUGACUAGUAUUGGAGAGAGAUGAUCAGAAGGAGGAUUGGUGUCCUAGAUUAGAGAUUAAACACCCCCAGAGAAAGGGGAAGUCGCUAACUUGAGGGAGGCCCCCAAUUUCCGUUAUGUGGUUCAGGGAGGAGGACUGAUGGACCAAAGGGGGACUGCUGACUUGGCACAAUUCCUGCCACCCCCAUCAAAUUCUGGGCCACAGAAAAUGAAGAGAAUAGCAGGAAGUGCGAGGGGGCAUCUGCUUCUGCUGCCCCGCUUCAUUGGGCACCUCCAUGGUCACCCCAACACUCUGCCUCCUUGGCCAGCCUCAGUAUACACAUGCUGCUCCCCCCUAGCCUGGCAGGGUGUUGGCUGGGUUAGGAUCCAAAGGGCAGGUGCCCUGCAGCUGCUCCAGGGCAGUUAUUCCAAAGCCACACUCCAGUUGGCCAACUCAUUGUGGCUGUUGCAGCCCUCUGCCAGGGCUCCUAAUUGGAAGAAACACUGGGACAAAGAGGGAAAUCGGAAGCAAAGGGGAAGGAGAGCUGGAUGAUGCCAUAGUAAGCAUCCCCCAAGUUGGGACAAGAGAUGGGGUGCUUUUUCUUGCUGCCACCAUAUCAAUGCUUACUCUCCUUUAUUGAAUGGGAAUACUUGGGGACCUCCAUACCCUCUGCCUUAUGGCAUUUGGAUAGCUUGGCCUUCUGGGAAGAAGGGGCAAUUGAAGUUGUUAUAGCAGAAACAAGUGGUGGGGUUGGAGAAGGGAUGGACCAGUUGGCAGGAUUUCAGUUUCUACUAUCUGGGGACCCUUCCCAGGGAUCACUGCCAAGCCAGUGAAUUGGGAGUGGACUGUAAGGUGGUACAGCAAAGAACAAGCCCACGAGUGGCCAGAGCAUUGGAGCAGCCAGACACUUCCCCACCCUCCUAAUGGGUGGAGUGCUCCCUUAAACUGUUUCGGCAACUGGAAAGCAAAUCUCCUUCGAUUCAACAAACUUGAUGUCAAUUACAGAGGCAGGGUAGUACAGUCGGCCCUCUGUAUCUGUAGGGUCCACAUCCGCAGAUUCAACCAACCACGGAUCUAAAGGCCUACGAUGGUUGUGUCUGUACUGAACAUGUAAAGACUUUUUUUCUUAUCAUUAUUCCCUAAACAAUACCAAUGCUAGUUACAUUGUAUUCAGUAUUAUAGAUAAUCUAGAGAUGAUUUAAAGUAUCUGAGAGGAUGUGCAUAGGUCAUAUGCAAAUACUACACCAUUUUAUAUAAGAGACUUGAGCAUCUGCGGUUUUGGGUAUCCGCAGGGGUCCUGGAACCAAUUCCCUGCAGAUACCAAGGGACAACUGUAUAAUGGUUUAGUGACUAAUGCAUGGACUUGGAGCCGGGUUGGCUCUGUUUUUAUCUGAAUUCCACCAUUUACACUGUGACUUUAGGCAAGAUACUUGACCUUUCCAGUACCUUAGUUUCCUCAACUGUAAAAUAGGAAUAUUAGGACUUCCAGCAUUGGGUUAUUAAGAGUAUUAAAUUACGUGAAACACUUGAAACAGUGCUGAGCACACAGUAUUCACCCAAUAAAUGCUAGCCAGCUCGUCAUCUUUGUCGUAUGGCUGGCAUGGUGCUGGGGAUGCCUAAAUGAAUAAGGCCUCUGAUGUUCACACUCUGUCUGGUGAGACAGAUGAUACACAGCUAACUGCCCUUGUGUGCUAUCACACCACAAGUAAAGCAUAAACAAGGUGUGACAGGAGCCCAAAAAAAGGGGUGACCAGUGGAUCUGCUUUAUAAAGGAAGUGGUAUCUGAGCUGGGCGUUGAAAGACAAAUAGGCUUUUAAGCUGCUGAGAUCAGAGAUGAGGACAGUUGGAGGUUAAUGGAGUAGGGUCACACUUAGGUAGCGCCUACAGUAGAGCACUUUAGAGGCAAAGGCCAGGGCCAUUGCUCUUCCAAGUACUCCAGCUGUCAUUGGAGCUGGAGACCAGAGAAGAUGGAAGGAGGGUUGAUUAGGUCUUACACAGACACUGCUGCGACCUGCCCAUUCGGGUCUCCCUGGGGGAGGUUCUCUGGGAGGAACCUGGGUGGUUCCUGUGGCACCCAGUGGCACAGGAGGUGGGGAACUAGUAAGGGUGGACCAAGGAGGGGUUGCCAUGUUGGAAAUAUUAAGGACCUGUGGUUGCCUUUCCUUCCCAGAAGCAGUGGGAGGUGGUAGGGCUGGGCAAAGCCCCAGAGCCUCCAGACAGGACUCCUGGGUGAGCUCUGCUCAGGCUGGGGAGGGACAAGGUCCUGGCGCGGGGGUCCUUGCUGAGUCUGAGGGAGGCAGUGGGGUUUCCCUUUCUGUUUUGUUAGGGUCUUCAAGAAGUCAAGCCCUAACUGCAAGCUCACCGUAUACUUGGGCAAGCGGGACUUUGUAGAUCACCUGGACAAAGUGGAUCCUGUAGAUGGUGUGGUGCUUGUGGACCCCGACUACUUGAAGGAUCGCAAAGAUACCCCAGAAUCUGCCCUGCUCCGUCACACUGCAGCCGGGCCCAGAGGACACAGGGAAGGCUUGUGGGGUAGACUUUGAGAUUCGAGCCUUCUGUGCCAAAUCAAUAGAAGAGAAAAGCCACAAAAGGAACUCUGUGCGUCUGGUGAUCCGAAAGGUGCAGUUUGCCCCAGAGAAACCUGGCCCCCAGCCUUCAGCUGAAACCACACGCCACUUCCUCAUGUCUGACCGGUCCCUGCACCUUGAGGCUUCCCUGGACAAGGAGCUGUACUACCACGGGGAGCCCCUCAAUGUCAAUGUCCAUGUCACCAACAACUCCACCAAGACUGUCAAGAAGAUCAAAGUUUCUGUGAGACAGUAUGCUGACAUCUGCCUCUUCAGCACUGCCCAGUACAAGUGUCCUGUGGCUCAGAUCGAACAAGAUGACCAGGUAUCUCCCAGCUCCACGUUCUGUAAGGUGUACACCAUAACUCCGCUGCUCAGCAACAAUCGGGAGAAGCGUGGUCUUGCCCUGGAUGGGAAGCUCAAGCACGAGGACACUAACCUGGCCUCCAGCACCAUUGUGAAGGAGGGUGCCAACAAGGAGGUGCUGGGAAUCCUGGUGUCCUACAGGGUCAAGGUGAAGCUGGUGGUGUCUCGCGGCGGGGAUGUCUCUGUGGAGCUACCUUUUGUUCUUAUGCACCCCAAGCCCCAUGACCACAUCACCCUUCCCAGACCCCAGUCAGCUGCUCCUGAAACAGAUGCCCCUGUGGACACCAACCUCAUUGAAUUUGAUACCAACUAUGCCACAGAUGACGACAUUGUGUUUGAGGACUUUGCCCGGCUUCGGCUGAAGGGGAUGAAGGAUGAGGACUACGACGACCAGUUCUGCUAGGAAGGGGGGCUGGAAGAAGGGAGUGGAUGGUGCUGGGAGAGGUAGGGGCAGGACCAAGAUCCCCACUGUUGUUGGAGGGGUCCCAGCCUCUCUUCCCUUCCCCUCCAUCCAGCAGCUUCCUCAACCAUCCCCUUCCCUUCCUUCCUCCCCCAUCCCCCCUAGAUACGCACUGGACUCAUCUCUUGUUGAACAUGGGCAUUAAUUUUUUGACUACAGCUCUGCUUCCCCAACCCCCCAAUGGGUGGCAAGCUGUGUUCACACCUAAGUAUUCUGGAGAGGGACACUGAAAAGGGGAGUGAUAGUAGAGAAAGAGGGGAGAAAGAACUCCCACAUUCAACCUCACACCAACAUCCCCUCCUGUCACUAUCUCUGCUCCCAGUCCUUCAAGAUGAGACCCUUUGGGGGGCAAGGCCACUUCUUUGUUUCUGAACAUAAAGAAGAAAAUAAACCUUUUAAUAGGCCUGA